AUGGACAGAAGGAUGAACUUGAACGGAGGCGCAGGGGACAUUUUUCACAAAACUCUCAGCGCAGUGUCCAACAAGAAAAUGGAUCCUUUCAGGUCGUCAGCCGGCAUCGAACUCCCAGCCAGAGACCGCCAGUCACCCAUCAGCUGCUUUGACCAGACCGAGCAAGACUCGAUCCAACCGGGAGGACUGGCGGUGGGCAGAGGAGGUCCACUGGGUCUGCCCACCGGAUCUUUGUGCGUCAAUUUCGGUGAGAGCACCAACAGGACGUCUGCGGCGGAGAGCAGCGGCGGAGAGAGUCCCGACGAUGACAGCGACGGCAGGUGUGACAUGGUGCUUCUGACCGACGGGAGGACGGUGCCCGUGGGCAAAGAAGGAGGUAAGAAAUCUAAAGAGCAGAAGACACUGAGGCUGAACAUCAACGCCAGAGAGAGACGACGGAUGCACGACCUGAACGACGCUCUGGACGAGCUGCGGGGGGUCAUCCCUUACGCACACAGCCCCUCCGUGAGGAAACUCUCCAAAAUUGCCACUUUGCUGCUCGCCAAAAACUACAUCCUCAUGCAGGCUCAGGCUCUGGAGGAGAUGAGGAGGCUGGUGGCCUACCUCAACCAGGGCCAGGCCAUCUCUGCAGCCUCCAUACCGGCCAACACUGCCCUGGCAGCUCCGGGCCUGGGUGCGUACGACCAGCCGCCUGGAUAUCCCUUCCCCAGCGGGGUAUCUGCGUCCUCCUGCCCAGAUAAAUGUGCCCUAUUCAACACCGCCACCUCCAGCCUCUGCAAACAGUGCACUGACAAGCCUUAA